AUGCUCUUAAGAAGAUGUCUGCUUCCCUCUGUGCAGGUGAACUUUGUGGCGUGCCAGCUGUUCGCUCUGCUCAUGGCCGUGUGGUUUCGGAUCUACCUCCACCCCAGCAAGACCAGCCCCUUCAUCAGACACGUAGUGGCAACUCUGCUGGGCCUCUACUUGGCUCUGUUCUGCUUCGGCUGGUAUUCGGUGCAUUUCUUGGUGCAGAGCGGCCUGUCCUACGGGGUGAUGAUCUUUGCCAGCCUGGAGCACAUGCACAAGUACUGCUUUAUCGUCACCCUGGGUUAUCUGAUCCUGUGUCAGAUCACAAGAGUCUACGUUUUUGACUACGGCAUGUACUCUGCAGAUUUCACAGGGCCCAUGAUGGUUAUAACGCAGAAGAUCACCAGCAUGGCCUUUGAGAUCCGUGACGGUUUGUCGAAGUGCAGGGAAGGCCAGCUGACUCCCAGUCAGAAAUACCUAGCUAUCAGCCGGAUGCCCAGCUUGCUGGAGUACCUGAGCUACAACUGCAACUUCAUGGGCAUCCUGGCCGGCCCCACCUGCUCCUACAACGACUACAUGGCGUUCAUCGAAGGGACGUCCUACCAGCGGCGGCACCAGGAGAACGCCAACGGCAAGGAGAACGGAAAGGUCAAGCAGAGCGAACCUUCGCCGAAGCAUGCAGUGGUGUCCAAGCUGUUCACGUGCGCCAUCUCUCUGGCCACCUACCUGUCGCUCUACAGGCUGCUCCCCGUGCACUACUCCAUAGACGACCACUUUGUCAAGUCCACGCCCUUCUACCUGCAGGUCGUCUACCUUUACCUGGCAAUGCUCGCUCUGAGGCCAAAGUACUACUUCGUGUGGACUCUUGCCGAUGCCAUAAAUAACGCGGCUGGAUUUGGCUUCAACGGUUACGACACCGACGGCUCCCCGCGGUGGGACCUCAUUUCAAACCUCAGAAUACUGGAUAUUGAGUUUGCCACAAGUUUCAAGCUCUUUCUAGACAACUGGAACAUCCAAACGGCUCAGUGGCUCAAAAGAGUCUGCUACGAGCGGUGUCCCGUCAACCCCACGGCCGCCACCUUCCUGCUGUCAGCCAUGUGGCACGGCGUCUACCCCGGCUACUACCUGACCUUCAUCACCGGCAUCGGGAUGACCAUGGCCGCCCGAGCGGUACGGCACAACAUCAGGCCAUACUUUUUGGCCUCCGACCUGCACAAGCGCGUCUACGACGUCAUCACGUGGGCCUGCACGCAGAUCGCCAUCAGUUACACCGUGGUGCCGUUUGUUUUACUCGCUGUGGGACCUUCGCUCAAAUUCUACAGCUCGUGGUACUUCUGCCUGCACCUGCUGUGUCUCCUGGUGGUUCUGGUCCUGCCCGUCAAAUCGAGGCGCCGGCAGCCGAAGGAGGACGGCCCGCAGAAGGAGGCGGCGCAGGGCGAGCAGCGCCACCUCUGCAGCACAGACAACAACUGCAACCAGAGAGACAAGAGCACAUGAGGUCCGGGACGGCGGCGCGCUCCCAGCCGACAGCCGGCCCGCUGACCUGACAGAGAACCAAAACACUUUUAAGGAAUCCUUUCUGAAAUAAACAACACAAAACUUCCAGUAGCAACGCGGAGGAGAGCAGCGGAUGAAGGACAAACAGGAAGCGGUCCUAAACCUGACGGCUGAGGGGGGCGUUCCUCAGAGCUGACGUCUCGUAUGUGGAGGGUUUGCGUCGCGGUCUGGAAACAGGCCUGCAUUUACGAACAGGAAGUUCCUCCACAUGAAAGAGGAAACUUUAUUACGAGCUGCCAACUUCAAACAGGCCUUAGGAUCCUUACCUGGUUUCAUUUCUACGUUUUUUAAUCUUUCUCUGACAGCAGUUCACGUGGUGUGUUUUAUAUUCAGCUGUUUAUGACGACACUAUUUGAAGCAUUAUGUCAUGGUUUAGUUUAAGGCUCUAAGACAGAGAACGAGGAUGAAGGCGGAUUCCUGCAGAGCGUCGUCCGUCUCCAGCAGCGGAACGUCCACAACAGGAAGUUCGGCUCUUUUUUUAGAUCCACCCUUUUAUUAUUGGAUGGAUUUAAAGAGAGUUUUCCAACAGGCUUCCUCUGUGGCUUUAAACAAAGUAUUCAUUUUCCCUCACAUUUUAUCAUGUUUCAUCACGUCUUAAAUGUUUUUUAUAAGAACAGCCAACAUUAGAGAAAUGGAGGACAGCUGAUAUAUUUUUUAAACUAUUUAAAUUCAAUUUACAUUCCAGGAUUGUCUUAUUUACGUUUACUGAGACUCUCGCCCAUUCUUGUCGCUCUGUCAUUAAUUUUCAAUCUUUGCAUCAGAUUCAGGUUUGACUUUGACUAGGCCGUCCUGACAUCAGAUGAGGCCUUUGAUCUUCUUAGAUGCUGGUUUUCCUGCAGGAAGGUGAACCUUCACCCCAGUCUUUGCUCUUCUGCAGCCUUUAAGAGCUUUUCUGCCUUGAUUGUCAUAGAAUCACCUCCAACAAUCAAUAACCAGGUUUUCUGUCAUGUGAUUCUGGCACAUUUAUCACCCUUUAGUCGCUGCGCUAAAGGGAGGAUGUGUUGUAAGACCCCCCCUCAAUUUGGCUUCUUCUUGACGCUCUCGUUAUUAACUUUAUCACUUUAAUGGCCGUUGUCUUCAUAGGUUUGCUUCUUUUCAACGUGUUCCUUGCUUUUCCUGUCUAUGGGGUGAAUUUUGCUCCAUUAUUGUGGCACGAAAAGGACACAUUUUGUAAAUGGAGAUGUGG